CAACACUAACGUACAGUGAGUAUAUGUAUUAAAGUAUGAGCCUGUGAGAUUUCUAGAGGUUUUACUGCCUGUAAUUCUUUUCCCUAAAAUGGAUGUUUACGUAUAAGACGGCGGGACUUGCUGCGAUUUGCUGCAAAGGGUGCAAUUGAGAACCUAAUCAUACAGUACAGAAAUGGAAGCUGUCAAGACAGAGGAUCUUCCUUUGGAUGGAAAGCCGGUAAAAAAGGGAGAGGAGGAUGACAAGAAGAAAAAGAAGAGUCCAUCUGAUGAUACGGAGCAGGAUGAAUCAGAAGAACCUAAACCUAAAAGCAGGUCUAAACCCAAAUUGUUUGAACCUGAAAUUCUUGAAGGAAAACGGGAGAAAAAAAUUAUCCAGAGACUUGAUUUGAUGAGCAAACCGAAGGAAAAGCCAAAGAUUGAGAGCAUAGGAGAAGGUGCCAAACUGGGAGACAUUGUACGGAUUAAUCACUCCAUCGGAAAGCUCAAAGCGCCUCUCCUCAAACCUCUGCAUAAGAUAGUUUAUGAUCGGCCAGGAACUGCAUCAACACUACGAAAAAACCUUAGGCUGUUUAAUGGAUUUCCUUUUGGGGAGGAAAGUGACCUUUACAACAAAAAAAUGGAGAAGGUGAAAAGGCUUCACAAGGAACAACUCAAAACCAUUUGUCAAACUCUUGAUCUGGAGAGGUCUGGAACGCAGAUUGUUCUUUCAGAAAGGAUCAUGAAAUUUCUUGUACAUCCAACCAACUCAGGAAAGCCUAUCCUAAAGAAGAAAAAGAAGACAACCAAAGAUGCCAAAAGAGAAAAGUCUUCAUCCAAAAGUAAAAAAACACAGAAAAAGGUAGAAAGUGGGAAGUCCAAACCCAUUGUCACUGAUUCCAGUAGUGAUGAUGAUGACGACGACGAUGAUGAAGAGGGUAAAGAGAACAAUAAAGACGCUGAGAAGUCUGUGACGGCAAUUAAAAAAAAUAAAGACACUGGAGAUAAAUCAUGUGAUAAAGAGGAAGAUGAUGAAGACGAGGAGGACGACGACGAGGAAGAUGAUGAAGACGAGGAGGACGAGGAUGCUCCUGAAGAGGAAAGCAAGAAGGAAGAACAGAAAACUUCUCAGAAGAAAUCUGCAAACAUGAAAUCCACAAAGAAAUCUGAGAAGUCAGAACAGACCGCUUCAGAUGAAAGUGACCAAGACGUUCAUGAAGACAAGAAUGCAAAAAAGACAAAAAAGCCUGCAGCAAAGAGGAAAGCUUCAGCAAAACCUGUGCCUAAAACAAAGAAAGCCGACAGCAGCAGCAACCGAGGGAAGAAGAAAGCCAGCAAGAGCAAGGAUGAAAGUGAAAGCUCUGAUGAUGAUGAUCAGCCGUUGAUAAAGAUGAUUAAAAAACCACCGACUGAGGAACAGCUGAAGGAGGCAAUCAAAGAUCUAUUGAAAGAUGCCAACUUGGAGGAAGUUACAAUGAAGCAGAUCACCCGACAAGUUUAUGACAAGUAUCCUGAUUUUGAUCUGACCAGCAGAAAGGAAUUCAUCAAGGAAACAGUUAAAGGUUUGUUAUCCUGAAGUAAAGAAAAUGCCUUAUUUAAAAGGACAGCGAGGGUGAAGGUCCUGUGGACAACUGGAUUUUCAUUGCACUGUUCACUGUUGUGUAGUUUCUUUUUAUUAUUUUAUAUAAGUUUUCAACUUUCAAGUAAAUUCUGUUUUUAUGUAUUUUAAAGUAUUUUCUAAAAAUGUACAUUUUCACGUUUGACAGUAAAUAAUCUGGAUGGUUUUGGUUGCUGAAAUAUGCCACAUUUCCGAAGCGAACCUUUCCCCUCUUAUUUUAAUGGCACAUAGUCAUAUUGCAUUUUGACAGUCACAUGUGAAUUUUUUGGCUGUGUCUUUAAGACCUACAAGUUACCAUGUCCUGCAGCUGCAUUAUCGUUGACAUGGUACUGCCAAGAUGUUAUAUGCAAUAUUUAGGAAGAUUUGAUUGGUUUCAACUGUUAUUAGUGCCGAGUUUUAUUUCUAAGGUCCUAAAUGCUAAAUGAAAAGAAACUUUUGGACAGAUUAUGUAUUUCAUUAUAAAACAUUCAGAAGUGUUAAGGUUAAGGUUAAGUGAAUAUUCAAUUUCAGUGUUGGCUUAACAGGAAUUUGGGAUUUUAAUACUAAUUUGUAAAAAGCAAAAAGCAUUGAUUUUUUUUUUUAUGAUUCAUUUUUGUAAAUAUGCCUUUUAUGUAUUUUUUUCCUUAUUUUAUUUUGAAUUUUUAAAUACAAGUCCUAAGGAACAAAUAUCUUAAGUCUGAGAUGUUACUCAUACCUGCAGGUCAGUGUUGUAGAUUAGGUUUUCUUAUAAGACAUGAGUUAAGGUUGAUCUGUUGUAUACGCUGACCUCAGUAACCAGUUUAUCAGUUAUCAUCAGUCAUAUUGCUCAUAACGUGUCAGAAACUACAAAAUGAAAAUGUGCGUUUAUUUUGUAAUAAAUUGAUUUUUCAUAGAAAAUA